CAUACUUACAUACCAGUGCAACUCGAUCAAGCAACAGAACCAUUUUGGUGAAGAUUGAAAGACUGAAGAGAGAAGGUAGGAAGCUCUUUUCUGGUUUUUGAGAGGUGGAAGAAGGAAAAAAAAGAAAAGCAAAUCGAGGAACAAAAGAAGAAAUGGAGAAUUCGUCGACCCAAGAAUCCCAUCUCGGAGCAGAAAAUUUCUUCACUUACGACUCGCCGUACCCAAUCUAUGCCAUGGCCUUCUCUCCAUCUGCCUCUUCCGACAAAACUCACCGUAUCGCCGUCGGUAGCUUCUUGGAAGAGUACAACAACAAAGUCGAUAUCGUCUCCUUCGACGAUGAAACCCUAACUUUCAGAACCGAUCCCAAUCUCUCCUUUGACCACCCUUAUCCCCCUACCAAGCUCAUGUUCAACCCAACCGGCGCUAAAUCCCUCCGAAAAUCUUCUGAGCUCCUCGCCUCUUCCGGGGAUUAUCUUCGUCUCUGGGAAGUUCGUGAGAAUUCGAUUGAGCCCAGAUCUGUUUUCAACAACAGCAAGACCAGCGAGUUCUGCGCCCCUCUGACUUCGUUCGAUUGGAACGAAUUGGAGCCCCGGAGGAUUGGCACUUCGAGCAUUGAUACGACCUGCACGAUUUGGGAUGUUGAAAGAGGCGUCGUGGAGACACAGCUUAUCGCUCACGAUAAGGAGGUCUACGACAUCGCCUGGGGUGAAGCCGGGGUGUUUGCUUCUGUCUCCGCUGAUGGGUCAGUUCGGAUAUUUGAUUUGCGAGAUAAGGAGCACUCCACGAUUAUCUACGAGAGUCCUCAGCCCGAUACCCCGUUGCUUAGACUGGCGUGGAACAAGCAGGACCUGAGGUACAUGGCCACUAUCUUAAUGGAUAGCAACAAGGUGGUGAUUUUGGAUAUUCGUUCUCCCACUUUGCCGGUAGCUGAGUUGGAGAGGCAUCUGGGGAGCGUCAAUGCAAUUGCUUGGGCACCUCAGAGCGGCCGUCACAUCUGCUCUGCGGGGGAUGAUACGCAGGCUCUCAUUUGGGAGCUGCCCACAGUUGCUGGUCCAAGCGGUAUCGAUCCCAUUCUGGCAUAUUCUGCAGGUUCAGAAAUUAACCAACUUCAGUGGUCGGCUGCACAGCCCGACUGGAUCGCAAUUUCAUUUGCCUCUAAAAUGCAGCUGCUGAAGGUUUGAGAGAAGAAAGAAGAAGGAACAAACUCACAGAGAUGGAGAGAACUAGAGUACUAGACGACUAGAGAAGAACUAAAGAAGAAGAAGGAGAAAGAGAAGCAGAGAAAAAGAAGAAUCAGAAGCAGAUUAGCAGACUGCAGAAGAUGAACAAGGAGGAGAGAAGGAGUGAAGAAGAGAAGGGAACCAGAGGUUGCAGAGAAUAACCGAAGCUGAGAAUAGAAGGAGGAGAGCUGGAGAAAAGAAAAGAACUGGAGCAGAGAAGAAGAUCAGAAGGAGGAGAAAGAUCGAAGUUGCAGACUCGCAGGUGAGGCCCUUACUUGGUUGUUGUCGCUCUUGCUGUCGGAGGAUAAGACAUCGCAGGCGGUGGCUGCUAGCUGUUGUCGCUCUUGCUGCCAGAGGAGAAGACAUCGAGGCGAUGGCUUCUGGCUACUGAUUGUUGUUGCUCUUGCUGCCGGAGAAGGAGAAGACGUCGCAGGCUGUUGUCGCUUUGCUGCCGGAGGAGAAGUCGUCGCAGGCGAUGGCUGCUGGCUGUUGGUUGUUGUUGCUUUUGCUGCCGGAGAAGGAGAAGGAGAAGGAGAAGAAGAAGAAGUCGCAGGCGGUGGCUGCUGGCUUCGAGGGUUUUGUUCUCUUCGAGCUCAAGGGUUUUUUGGUUCUUUUGAUGAUUUGUAUUUGAGAAAUUGAGGAGGGAAUAAGUCGGGCCUCGAGGGUUUUCAUUUUA